CUCUAAUGCCCACUCGCCAUCCCCGCAUACCAAAUGUCAGAUUCACGAAACACUCACUCUAUCUCGCUCCCGUACGUUCUUUGGUGCAAGUCGCUGCAUCAGAGCCCCGCCGCAUUCCUCGUUCCACGCUGAGAAGACCGAAUACCUUCUUCACGCCCACCGCUUCCCAACUCUACGCGCCCGUUACUGCAACUGUGCCGAACAUCCGCGACUGCUCCGUCGCAAACAUGCCUGAAACUAGCGUCAGACGCGUGGAUCCUCAGAAACUGGGGAACAUCACAUUCAAGAAGUCGGAGGACUUGAUCGAUGCAUGGGACAUAGAAUACGACGAUACAGAGGGCCAGGCUGAUGCCGGGACGCUGAAGCAAGCAGCUAAGGAGCUUGUGAAUACAAACACCCCAGUCGCCUUUCCGACAGAGACUGUCUAUGGUCUCGGCGCGGAUGCGACAAGAAGCGCGGCGGUCAAGGAGAUCUUCGCGAGCAAAGGACGACCAGCCGACAAUCCUUUGAUUGUCCAUAUACAUUCGUUGCCCCAGCUCCGAGCACUACUUCUGGGGAAACUAGAUACGGUGGGAGACGGCAAAGAUGCUGGGAAGGAUCCCAUCCCAGAUAUCUACAGGCCGGUGAUUGAGCGUUUCUGGCCUGGACCGCUUACCAUCAUCCUACCUGCCCCCGAAAAUUCGAUCCUCGCACCAGAGGUGACGGCAGGCCUUCCUACCUUCGGCGCACGAAUGCCGCGUUCUAUCAUCGCCUUGUCUUUGUUACGACUAUGCGGUCGCCCACUCGCCGCACCAUCCGCAAAUGCGUCCACACGACCUUCGCCCACUGCUGCGGAACAUGUCUACGAUGAUCUAAACGGCAAACUAAACCUCAUAAUCGAUGGCGGUCCAUGCGAAGUGGGUGUUGAGAGCACAGUGAUAGACGGCCUGUCAAGCCCACCUGCGAUCCUACGACCGGGCGGCGUCACAGUGGAACAGUUACGGCAAUGCCCGGGGUGGGAGAACGUAGUUGUUGGAUACAAGGAUAAGCAAGCGGAAGACUCGAGUAAACCGCGCGCGCCCGGGAUGAAGUACAGACACUAUAGUCCGAAGGCAUCGGUUCUUCUGUUCGAGGCAGGUGCGAGCCAACCUACAUCGGACGAGCUUAAGAGCAAGAGGCGUAUUGGCGUUAUUAGGACCAAGAGCUGGGGUAAUGUGCUGGGUCUGGGCGCAGAGAAGGUGAAGACAUCGGAUACAAAUGGACCAGGAGUAUGCGCUUCACCGGACAUGGCCGCAUCUCUAGAUACCAACGACUCGCCGUCGCGUCUUUCAAACCUUCUGCGAUCUGUCACUCAGCACCAGAUACCGCACGCCGAUCAUUACAUUGUGAAGCCCGAAGCAGUCCAGGUUUGGGAGAUCAAUCUUGGCGCGAAGACCGAGGAUGUUGCCAGAGGCCUAUUCUCAGCACUAAGAGAGCUUGACAAGAAAGGCGUUGAGGUGAUAUAUGUGGAGGGUAUCGACGAUAAGACAGGCGACGAUAUUGCCGCCGCGGUCAUGAACCGGCUUAGAAAGGCCGCUGAAAUCAGGACAUGAAUGGGAGAUGAAUAUGGCGCGCAGCCUGAUUGAAUGAGAAUACCUCCGUUUUCACAACACUGACACUCGACUGCUGACUGUCUGGUAUCAAAAUUCGACCACAAGAGACGUGGUUGACACGUCGAUGGACAACUCAGUGAUGCACUUAGCAAGUGUGGACAUCCGUUGGCGAUAAGACGACUCUCCAACACCUUUUUCUCUGCGACAUUUACCGAUCCUCAUCAACGUUUUACAAGCAUAUUAGCGCCGGUACCAUGUCCACUCGCAGUGUGUAUCUCGCACUCACCGCACUAUUAGCCAACU